CAAGAUUUAUCGUUUAAAUCAGUUUCAUUUCAUUCCACUCCUUUCCCUCAUCUUUUAUUUUGCAUAUUAAAUCCCUUUAUUCAUCCGUUGUCAGAAUUCAUGUUUUCAAUAUAACCUCCUUAACUAUCAUAUACAUCUCGGAUAAUCAUAGACUUUAACUUCUACUAAUUUAACAACAAUGAGACGAUUAAAAAUUGGUAUACGGCCCCAAUUGAUUAUACUUGUGGGGUUCUCCUCCCUUUUCUCAUUAUUAAUUUUGGCCAUCGUUACAGGUCUAUAUUUUACAUCAAACUUGAGUGAUUUAAGAGCAGAAAGAUUAGAAGUCAUAUCGCAGUUGAAAACAGUUCAAGUCAAACAAGCUGUAGAAUAUAUUUUCUAUCAAGUUUAUUGGUUAACUACUAAAGAUUCAAUAUUUUCUCCUUUAUCAUCUUAUAGAGCAGGUAAUAGUUCAACUGAAAUCUUUUCAGGAGCUCAAUCUACUCUUGAUCAAUUUUUAACUUCAUCUGAAUUAUUUGCAGCAGCAAGAUUAUAUAAUUUGGAUUUAAAUGUUAUGGCUGAUUCUUAUAAUAAUAUUACUGCUAUUUCAAUGCCCGCUAUGGAUGUGUUAUAUCCUUUAUCAGCUAAUGCUUCCAUUCCAAGUACUCUCUUGGACCAAAAUUCAAAUGACAUUCAAGCAUACUUUACCGGUCCAAUAUCAAAUUCCUCUGAUCCUGAUAGUGCUUAUUUCAUGGGUAUAACUUUACCAAUCUAUUCAAAUUCAUCAAUCAUAAUCAAUACUCCAUCUUUAUCAGGAUACUUAACAGUAUUAGCAAGUGCUCAACAAAUCCAACUUGCUAUUAACGAUACUACUGCUGGUGGAAGUGGUACAGCAUCUAAUUAUAAUGUAGUAGCAGUAAGACCAGUAUUUGGAAGUGCAACGUCUGGAGUAGAUAAUUCAGGUACUGCAUCAACCUCAUCUCACCCUAUUGGAUUUCAAGCCAUUUUCCCAGUCAAAGAUAAUACUCUUUUACCAAAUACUAUUUAUAAUAUUAAUACUUCAUCUGCAAUUAAAGAAGCGUUAACAAAAUCAACUGGUUCAUCAGUGGGAGUAAGAUCCUAUACGGGAGCAGAAAUUGCAACAGGGUUUACUCAAAUUCAAUUAGAUCCUGAUACUGUAUGGGCCAUUAUCAUUGAACAAACAAGAGCAACAUUCUUAGAACCAGUACGGAGUUUGACCAAGAUUAUUAUUGGAGUUGUCAUUGGUAUUGGAGUAUUUAUGUGUUUAAUUACAUUCCCAUUGGCGGUAUUUUUUAUAAGACCAAUCACCAAAUUAAGAGAAGCUACCGAAGCCAUUACAAAAUCAAAGAAAGAAUACGACGAACAACAAUUAUCAUCAUCAUCCCACAAUUCAUCUUAUGAUGAGCCAAACAUCAGUAAUAAUAGUAAUCAAAAUACUAAAGCAUCAAAGAGAAAUAGUGUCAAUUCGAGUAAUUCGGGAGGUUCAGUAUAUUCUACUGCCAUCAGAUUACCAGGUAGAGUGCCUGGUUCAAAGAAAUUCUUUAAAGAUGAAUUCACAGAAUUAUCAGAAGCAUUUAAUAUCAUGACUACAGAAUUAGAUAAACAAUAUACUCAUUUGGAAGAAAGAGUUAAAUCAAGAACCAAACAAUUGGAAGCUUCUAAAAUCGAAGCUGAAGCAGCUAAUGAAGCUAAAACUGUUUUCAUUGCCAAUAUAUCACAUGAAUUGAGAACUCCAUUAAAUGGUAUAUUGGGUAUGACAUCUAUUGCCAUGGAUGAAAAAGAUCCUGCCAUCAUUCAAGAUUCCUUAAAAUUAAUUCAUAGAUCAGGUGAAUUGUUAUUACAUAUUUUAACGGAAUUAUUAACAUAUUCAAAAAAUACUUUAAAUCGAUCAAAAUUAGAAAAAUCAAAUUUCCAAAUUUUAGAAGUGGUUUAUCAAGUCAAAUCAAUUUUUGAUAAAUUAGCCAUUGAUCAAAGAGUUAAUUUUAAGAUUCUUAUAAGGCCAAAUAUCUUUAGAAAAUUAAUCAUUUAUGGUGAUUCCAAUAGAAUUAUUCAAAUUGUUAUGAAUUUAGUUUCAAAUUCCCUUAAAUUCACUCCUGUCGAUGGUUCAGUUCAUGUGGGAUUCAAAUUAUUAGGUGAAUAUGAUGCGGAACGUUCUAAAGCGGAUAAUUAUGCUCAAGUUCAUGUGUUGAAGCCUCGUAGUAAUUCAAAUUCAUCUCAAGGUGGUAACACAACCUUAACUAAAUCAUCAGGAUCGAUUAAAAGUAACACCUAUUAUAAAACUAAACCAGUGCCAAAAGUAGACAAUCCGGACGCUGCACCAUCAUUAUUAUCAAUAGAAAAAGAAAAAUUAUCAGAAGAUGAUAAUUUAAGUAUAUUAACUUUAUCAACUACAGAGUAUGAAAAUAAAAUUUUCGAAUCUCAAUUCAGUCAUUAUAAACCAUUACCAAGAUUACCUAAUGAUACAGUAGCAUUACAACAAUUACAACCAAGAAAAAUUGAAGAGCUUGAUACUAAUAGACUUAGAACAGAAAAGACUCAUUCAAGAAAUUUAUCAUCAAGUUCAUCAUCAAUACCAUCUACUGAUAAAUUCCCUACUGCUACUAUUCUUAAUAAAAAUGCUAAUAAUCGUCCUGAAUAUACCAGCAGCAAUAUGGCUAAUUCAGAAUUAGUUAAGAAUAAUAAAGCAUUCAAGAUUAGAAGAAUAUAUAAACCAAAAACAUGGGUAAUUCAAAUCGAAGUCACAGAUACAGGACCUGGUAUUGAACCGGCUUUACAAGAAAAAGUGUUUGAGCCAUUCGUUCAAGGUGAUCAAACCUUAUCAAGAAGUUAUGGUGGUACAGGUUUAGGGUUAUCGAUUUGUAGACAAUUGGCUACUAUGAUGAAAGGUACUUUAAGUUUAAAAUCCGCUAUUGGAGUGGGUUCUACAUUCACAUUUACAGUUCCAUUACCUCAAACUGGUGAAAUCAUGGUUAGUGAUGAAGAAAUGAAUGAAUUUUGCGAAGAUGAAUUCAAUGCUAAUUCCAAGAUUAAUAGAAAAGUUUCAUUUAAAAAUACAUUUGAUGAUGAAGUUUAUGGAGAUGAUGAUGUGUUUGAACAUGAUACCACCGAAGGUAGCGAUGAUCAUGAUGACGUUCAAGGAUCUCAACCUGUUGAACCUUCAACUACAGAUGAAGGAUAUGAAGAAGAUGAAAGUAUUGUUGAAGAUCUUGUUAAUGUUGAGGCCAAGCCUUUAUUAAUCAAACAUUCUAGUAGAAGGCCAACUCGUAUUUCACCACCAUAUCCACUUACAGAAGAAGAAAGAUCAUCAUCAGGUUCAUCAGGUGGUAGUAAUCCAAAAGUUGAAAAGCCUAAAUUUGAUAGAAAUCAUUUCGAUAAACCUUUGUUACUUACUCGUUCAUCAACGGGUACUGCAAGUUCAUCUACUGGUAGUGAAAGAAUGGAAAUUCAUAAUAAUAUCUUAGAUGAAUUAAAUCAUUUAAAGAUAUUAGUGGCAGAAGAUAAUUUGGUUAAUCAAGAAGUUAUUAAACGUAUGUUAAAAUUAGAAGGAUUUGACAAUGUUACAUUAGCUUGUAAUGGUGCUGAAGCAGUUGAAUUAGUCAAGGAAUCAUUAGAUAGAAAUGAACCAUUUGAUUUGGUAUUUAUGGAUGUUCAAAUGCCUAAGGUUGAUGGUUUAUUAGCUACCAAGAUGAUUAGAAACAAUUUACAAUAUGAAAAACCUAUCAUUGCUUUGACUGCCUUUGCAGAUGAAAGUAAUGUUAAGGAAUGUUUAAGUAGUGGUAUGAGUGGAUUCUUAUCGAAACCAAUCAGAAGAACCAAUUUAAGAAAAAUCAUUAUUGAAUUCAGUCCUAUAUUAUUAAGUAAUGUGGUAACUACUCCCCAUUCUUAUCAUGGUGAUGAA